UCUCCCUCCUUUCUGCCGGUAAACUCCCGAGCCCAGCAAUUAUCUUACCCCAACGGUUGCCUGCCAAAUCUCCCUCCGCUUCCCCCAGGGUCGAGGGCGCGUGGUGCUCGCCAGCUGCCUUGCUUGCUACGACGCCGCGCCUGGUUCUGUCGUGGUGCCGCUACAGUCUCCUUCCUGCGCUCCUUCCUUGCUUGCUCCUCCUCACGAAGAGGGCGUUGCCUGACUGCCUGUGGGCUUGGCGGUUCGGAGGACUUGGGACUCGGAUCCACGCGCGCCUGCCUCGGGAGCUGUGCCAGGCGAGGGCGCCGGAUUUGGGGGGCGGAUCGGCGCAGAUCUGGAGGCACAUGAGGAGGCGGCGGCGGAGGGGUAGCGGGAGCGAUGCGGUGCUGCUGCGGCGGGGGAGGGCGUGAGCCGGCGUGGGAAGGUGAUCCUGGAGGAGGUGGCGGCGGCGGCGGCGGAGGGGGAGGCUGGAGGAGGGAUGGAGGACGUCGUGGCGGUCGUGGCCCCGCUCGCCGCGCCGCCGGCGCCGGCGUUUAGCCCCGCCGCGGCGGGGCUCACGCUGAUCGCCGCCGCGGCCGCGGACCCGAUCGCGGCGGCGGCGGUGGCGGGGGCCAUGGAGGGGGUCUCCGUGCCCCCGGUCAGGACGGCGUCCGCGGUCGAGGACGACGCGCUGGCGCCGGAAGCGGAAGAAGUGGGAGAGGCGUCGGUGGCGGGGAGCCCGUGCUCGGUGGCCAGCGACUGCAGCAGCGUCGCGAGCGCCGACUUCGAAGGGGUCGGCCUGGGCUUCUUCGCCGCGGCGGAGGGGGGCGGGCCUAUGGUGUUCGAGGACUCGGCCGCGUCGGCGGCCACCGUCGAGGCCGAGGCCAGGGUCGCGGCUGGCGGCAGGAGCGUAUUCGCCGUCGACUGCGUCCCGCUGUGGGGGUACACGUCCAUAUGCGGCCGCAGGCCGGAGAUGGAGGAUGCCGUCGCCACGGUGCCGCGAUUCUUCGACGUCCCGCUAUGGAUGCUCACCGGCAAUGCCGCGAUCGAUGGGCUCGAUCCCAUGACGUUCCGCCUACCUGCUCAUUUCUUCGGUGUGUAUGACGGCCACGGGGGUGCGCAGGUUGCAAAUUACUGUCGGGAACACCUCCAUGUGGCGCUAGUGGAGCAGCUGAGCAGGAUAGAGGGGACCGUGUGUGCAGCUAACUUGGGAGACGUGGAGUUUAAGGAACAGUGGGAAAAUGCCUUUGUGGAUUGUUUCGCUAGAGUGGAUGAUGAGGUUGGGGGCAAGGCAAGCAGAGGAGGUGGUGGCACAGGUACAAGUGAUGCUUCUGCGGCAGUUGUGCCAGAACCUGUGGCACCUGAGACCGUGGGUUCGACGGCGGUGGUCGCUGUCAUCUGCUCCUCACAUAUCAUUGUCAGCAAUUGCGGUGAUUCAAGGGCUGUGCUUUGCCGUGGCAAGCAACCCGUGCCUCUGUCAGUAGAUCAUAAACCUAACAGGGAGGAUGAGUAUGCAAGGAUUGAGGCAGAGGGUGGCAAGGUCAUACAGUGGAAUGGUUAUCGAGUUUUCGGUGUUCUUGCAAUGUCACGGUCAAUUGGUGACAGAUAUCUGAAGCCAUGGAUAAUUCCAGUCCCAGAGGUAACGAUAGUUCCUCGGGCAAAGGAUGAUGAGUGUCUCGUUCUUGCCAGCGAUGGCCUCUGGGACGUAAUGUCAAACGAAGAGGUAUGUGACAUUGCCCGCAAGCGAAUACUUCUGUGGCACAAAAAGAAUGGCACAAGUUCAUCAUCAGCCCCACGGGUUGGUGAUUCCGCAGACCCAGCUGCUCAAGCAGCUGCUGAAUGCUUGUCAAAGCUUGCUCUUCAGAAGGGGAGCAAAGACAACAUCACCGUCGUUGUAGUUGACCUGAAAGCACAGCGUAAGUUCAAGAGCAAAACCUAACCUUGGAUGGCUUGAUGAACAACUGCAGCAACAAGUUGCUAGGAACCUAGAUUUGGAGAAUCCAAAUUUGGUCAGUUUUAGUCACUGCCGUAGUACAUUACUUAGCCCAGUUCUUUCUUUUCUCAGUUUUUUUUAAGCCAUUUGGGCUGCCAAGGGCUGUAUCCCCACGUAUAUGGUACAGAUUGCGACCAUCAGGGUUUAUGUUUCCUGGUCGCGGUGAUGGUCCUAUUUUCCAUUCUUCUUACUUCGUUGCCCUGUAUUCUUUUUGUCAAGCUGGGCGUCCAUGUAUCUGGCAAUAUGUAUAUUUGAGCUUGAAGGGUACAAAAGAAACAAGUGUUAUAAAGGGUUCUGUAUCCUGCCUGCCUGAA